AUGCAAUUGGAGAUUGGUCAUUUAAGGAAGAAGUUGCGCCGUGAGCGACGAAGACGAACUCCUUCCAAUUCUGGCUCCUCCUCUAUUGACGGUAGAGAUGGCAGUUAUAGGCCCAGGUCAAAGACUCUCCCCAGUGAGUCUUUCUCAUGUGAUGAGGACAAUCCCCAUGAGCGUAGGGAUAAGGGCUCGUCUUGCAAAGGCCUGGGAAAUGAUGCUAUGAGUAGAGUAUUAAACCAAAUUUCCAGAUCACCUUUCACACACAGAAUCGAAGGAGGAAAAAUUCCUUGGCGGUUUGCUCAGCCAACAUUCACCAUGUACAAUGGUCGAACAGACCCUGUAGAACAUGUGAGCCACUUCAACCAGAGGAUGGUCGUUCACUCUAGGAAUGAGACUUUGAUGUGUAAGGUGUUCCCAUCUAGUCUGGGGCCUGUGGCAAUGAGAUGGUUUGAUGGUCUGAGGGAAGGUUUUAUUAACUCCUUUAAGGAGCUCACUAGGGCAUUUGGGGCUCGGUUUGUGACUUGCAGUAGGGUUCCUCGGCCGUUAGAUUCCCUGUUGUCUAUGACCAUGCGAGAAGGGGAGACCUUGAAAACGUACUCAAACAGAUACUGGGAGAUGUUCAAUGAGAUCGAUGGGGACUUUGAUGAUGUAGCCAUAAGGACUUUUAAGGUUGGCUUACCUGCCGAGCAUGAUUUGAGAAAGUCGUUGACCAAGAAGCCUGUAAGAAGUGUGCGUCGGCUCAUGGACCUUAUUGACAAGUAUAAACGGAUCGAGGAAGACCAGCAACAAGGGAAGGGGAAGGCUAAGGUUAUCCCUUAG